GGGGGGCUCAGACAGUUCGUGAUGCAGGAAGCUGUCAUUUAGUCUGCAGGCCUGGAGUGAUCAGAUGAUAAUUGUUUUAUUAUUGUUGUGAAUGUGCAGGAUGGAUUCCAUACACAGGGAGCUCCUCAGAGGCCUCCGUGUUGAGUUGUGUUCUCACGCCGUGGCGGACGGCCUGGUCCCCCAGUAUCUGUUCCAGGAAGGGAUCAUCACCCGCGAGCAGCUGGAGGACAUAUGUGGACAGGCCACCAGUCAGAGAAGAGCCAUGAGGCUCCUGGACAUCCUGCCCACCCGGGGGCCCAAGGCCUUUGACGUUUUCUUGGCCUCGCUGGCCGAGUUCCCUUGGGUCCAGGAGAACUUGAAGCUGCGCUGCCCAACGCGCCCUCCUCCGGUACCGGCCUUGCCCGCCAACCUCCUACAGAACUGUCCCAACGACCGGCAACUGAACCUUCUGGCAGGGAAACUGGGAGCGGAAUGGGAGCAGGUUCUGGGUCACCUAGGACUGGAGCACAGCGACCUCUACAGGUGUAAAGUACAACAUCCGGGCAACCUGCACUCGCAGGUCCUGGAGGGACUGGUGAAGUGGAAGCAGCACAUGGGGCGCAAGGCCACCGUCCAACGUCUGUGGGAAGCCUUGGAAGCUGCUGAGAUGGAUCCUUCGGAGAUAAAACUCAUUUUACAAUGACGUUCCCCAUAAGAAGGUGGGCGGGGCUCAGUGGUCACCUGACCAUCACGCCUUAUUGGACGUCCCAUUUCAAAAUCAUGGCGGUCACCACGGAGUUCAUCCCGUCUGUCUCCGGGGAAGGAAAUAAAGAUUUACCAAAGUUUA